AUAUUCCUCCCCAAUUAGCAAUUACCAUUAUUCACAUGUUAUUUCUUCACGAUCGUGAAAUGGAGUUUGCUGUCAUGAGAAUGGGUAAUGAGAAUGAGUGAGUAACGAUAACUAAGAGGAAUCCUAAACCAAAAUAAAUUAGGAGGGGGUAUUUGCGGGGGAUAUUAAACUCAGGGUGACAUUUAGGUUUACUUUUGCAUUUGAGGGCCCACAAAUAUAUUAAGAAGAAGAAAAUGGUAUAGGGCUAAUCUAAUUUGCUCUUUGGUUUGAAAUCCUAGGCUUGCCCUAAGCAUAUUGGCCCAUAUUUGUGUCUUGACAAAAAUAGACACGAUCAUGACCGUUGGUCUGAAUCGUGCGGCAUAUCUGAUGGGUAUUGAGGUCUUACAAGUAACAAAUACUUGUUUGUGCAACCCUAGACCCACCAUUAUCUUGUCCCCCUUCCCCCCGCCGCCGCCGCCGCCGCCAUUUGACCUCCAUCUCUGGAUUGUCAUCACAAUUUUUUUCUUUUGUCUAGCUUCUCUGCGCUCUACUUGCGAGGUUGAUCACGAUCAAUAGGUCCUUGAUUUCUUCACCAUAUCGUUGUUGCUGCCAUCGUCACCGUUGCCACCACCACCACAUCAAGGAGAUUUGGUGUAUAGUUUUUUUUUUAACAAAUAAGUCGCCAGCUAGACAUAGCUAGAUAAGUCGCUGUCAUCUUGCUCUCUUUGUUUGUGGAAGGUGGGUGAAGGAGAAGGAAGCAGAUCAGAUGGUGCGGCCGGGGAGAGGACAACGGCGGAUCGAUGCUGCCAUUGACCACCUAUCAGAGUAUGGCUUUCCGAGGCCCAUAAUCCGUCAGACCAUCAAUGAACUCCUCGCGGACACGCUGUAUGGGAGGAAUGGGUGGGUCUUCCUAGAGGAAGGCUCCUACCGCAUUGUGGUCGACAGACUACUCGAAAAACAGGCAAAUCAGCAAGAGCAGCAGGAGGAAGAUGCAAAGCAUGAAGGAGGAACUACUGCAAUGGAGCCGCUUCCAGAGAAUGGCGUGCAAACCUCACAAGCUGAAGUGCCAGCUGCUGCAUCUGAGCCAGCCAAAGUUGUAGCAGCAGUGGCCGAUGAGAUGCCCGAUUCUACAACUUCAGUGCCACUCCCUAUCACUGCAGCUAGACAUACUGCCUCAACAAGGCGCCCAUGCUAUGGAUGGCUUAUUGAGAGUGAAUCCGAGGAUGAUGAAUUGGACAAUGGAGUGUCAGCUGUUGAGCAAUCUAAUCCUCCAUCUGCUACGAAUCAUAAGAUGAGUAAUGGAUGGUCAUAUGUUGAGCAAGCAAGGCCUUCAGUUGCUAUGAGACAUGAAAUGGAACCAUAUACUCAUCAUAGAGGGAUGCUCUCAAAGAGGAGGCGGCCGAGCGGAUGGGAUGUGCGCCCAUCCUAUUAAGAUGGUGUUGUUUCAUUCUAAUCAUAAAAACAAUAAUUUUCUUUCAAUAUCUUUGUCUGAUCUAUCUAGAUUGCAAACAACUUGGUUGCUUCGUUUAUCUGAGUUUUAGUAUUAUUUGGUGGUUGAAAGAGGCAUUUAGGUAAUGUGUGGAUUGGGUAUUUUGUUUGCAUGGAUUUGUUGUUUUGCUUGUUAUGUGGAUUGAUGCUUUAAGGUC